GCAGCGAACCAGGCAGUCGAGCAGCGGACGUCGGGAGCGUACGAAGCGGGGCAGCUAAACUCCAGGGUCACUUCGCCCAACACUGUCGCGGUUAGCUAACGAUGAGUCGGACGGGGACGCUGGAUCGGAUGGAGCUGUGUGGAAGCCUCCUGACGUGGAUCCAGACUUUCGGAGUGGAGGCUCCAUGUAAGACAGUGGACGACUUGACGAGUGGCAUCGUCAUGGCCCAAGCUCUACAGAAAAUAGAUAUAGUGUAUUUCAGUGACGCCUGGAUUGGUAGAAUCAAGCCAGAUGUCGGGGACAACUGGAGGUUAAAGAUCAGCAAUCUAAAGAAAAUUUUGAAAGGCGUCCUCGACUAUAACCAGGAGAUCCUAGGCCAGCACAUUAAUGACUUCACACUACCAGAUGUCAACCUCAUCGGAGAACACUCUGACCCAGCAGAGCUUGGGAGGAUGCUGCAGCUCAUACUGGGCUGUGCUGUCAACUGUGAGCAGAAACAAGAAUACAUCCAGACCAUAAUGAUGAUGGAGGAGUCGGUGCAGCACGUUGUCAUGACAGCAAUCCAAGAGCUGAUGAGUAAAGAGACUCCAGUGACAGGAGGAAAUGAAUCGUAUGUGGAUCUAGACAGACAGCUGAAAAAAACGGCUGAGGAGCUCAAUGAUGCUUUGUCUACGAAGGAGGAGAUCUCCCAGAGGUGUCGUGAGCUGGACAUGCAGGUGGCAGCGCUGCAAGAGGAGAAGAGCAGUCUACUCGCAGAAAACCAGGUCAUGAUGGAGCGACUCAACCAGUCGGACUCCAUAGAGGACAUCAACAGCCCAGCUGGACGCAGACACCUCCAGCUGCAGACACAACUCGAGCAACUACAGGAAGAAACGUUCAGGUUGGAGGCGGCAAAAGACGACUACCGGAUCCGGUGUGAGGAGCUUGACAAAGAACUGAUGGAUGUAAAGUCCCAGAAUGAAGAGCUUGUGUCACUGGCUGAUGAAGCCCAGUCUCUUAAGGAUGAGAUGGAUGUUCUUCGGCAUUCAUCAGACAAAGUGUCCAAACUGGAGGGAACAGUGGAACACUACAAGAAGAAGCUGGAGGACAUGGGACUUCUGAGGAGACAGAAUAAGCUGAUGGAGGAGAAGAACACAGUGUUGAUGCAGUCCAACGUCGGUUUGGAAGAAGAGCUACGAAAGGCAAAUGCCACAAAGGGCCAGCUGGAGACGUACAAGAGACAGGUGGUUGAACUUCAGAACAGACUGUCGGAAGAGUCUAAAAAGGCCGACAAGAUGGAGUUUGAGUACAAACGUGUCAAAGAGAAAGUGGACUCCCUACAAAAAGAAAAAGAUCGUAUGCGGACGGAGAGAGACUCGCUGAAGGAGACGAUUGAGGAGCUGCACUGUGUCCAGGCUCAGGAGGGACAGCUUACAUCCAGUCUCUUCCCAUUGGUCAGCAACGACGGCUCAGAUUCGCUGGCUGCUGAGAUCACAACCCCAGAGAUUCGAGAACAUUUGAUUCGUCUUCAGCAUGAGAACAAGAUGCUGAAGUUGGCCCAGGAAGGAUCAGACAACGAGAAGAUCACUCUGCUGCAGAGUCUACUGGAGGACGCCAACAGAAGAAAGAACGAGCUGGAGACUGAGAACAGGUUAAUCAAUCAGCGCUUGAUGGAGGAACAGGGUCAGGUGGAGGAGCUGCAAAAGUCUCUUGAGGAACAGGGCUCCCAAGCAGAUGAUUCUUCCAUUCUGAAAAAGAAAUAUGAGCAGCACAUGGAGAAAGUACGAGACCUGAACAAUGAGUUACUGAAGAAAAACACCUUCAUCGAUGAGAUGGAGCCUAAAUACAGCGCCAGCAGCCAGCGAGUGGAUGAUCUGGAAGAGGCCUUGAAAAAGAAAGAUGAAGACAUGAAGCAGAUGGAGGAGAGAUAUAAGAAAUACCUGGAAAAAGCCAAGAGUGUGAUCCGGACCCUGGACCCCAAACAAAACCAGGGUUCGGGUCCUGAGGUCCAGGCCCUGAAGAACCAGCUGCAGGAGAAGGAGAGGAUGUUACACUCACUGGAGAAGGAGAUGGACAAGACAAAGACCCAGAGAGAUUACGAGGAGAAACUGAUUGUUUCAGCCUGGUACAAUAUGGGCAUGACUAUCCAGAAGAAGGCGGCUGAGGACCGACUUGCCAACACCGGCUCCGGUCAGUCCUUCCUGGCCCGGCAGAGACAAGCCACCAGCUCCCGCCGCUCCUAUCCCGGCCACGUUCAGCCAGCUACCACAAGGUAGAAAGGCAACAGGGGCAGAAACAGUACCGCGACAAACUACCUGUCAGAUCCGCUGAACUUCCCUGAGGCUCACUAUCUCCGUUCAGCUCUUGUUUUUCCUCCUUUCUGUCUAUUGAUUGUCUUCUUUCCCUUCCUGAUCAGAUCCAUGAGGUAGAGAUCCCGGGAACUCCCCCAAAACUUGCACCUCUUUUUACCCUGACUAAGCAUAUUUUACUCCACUGAUGCCAGGCUUCUACCAUUUUUGAACCCCCGGCAUAUUCAAUAGGGUCUGACCCUUUGCCUCGACCCCCCCUCCCCCCUUUCUCCCUUUCAACCACUGACCUUCUUCAACCUGUACUCUGUGGCAAACCUUUGCCGGGCAGUCAGUCUUGAACCCCCCCCAGGGGUGGGAGGACUUGCAUCUCCUCAGUCAUUUCUGUUGGGAGGAACCGCUCUACCUGUUCAUGCAGUAUUUAUGCACAUCUCUACCUGUGACAACGUUUGAGGCUGUUUUUUUAAACCAAGUUGGCAGAUUUUCUGUUCCGUGUUAUCUGUGUUUUAACUCUUGCGAUGUAGCUUUAAGAAGCUAACAGCAAAUAUCAGUCACACGUGUCCAUGUUUCAUUUGCUUUGUUUCAGAAGGUUGCUCCUUUGCUUUAUCAUUGUGUUAAAGAGCAACACAUGCACAGAGGCAUAGGAAGAUGUGUGGUUUUCACAUGCAAAUGUUUAAUUUGAUUUUAACAUUUUCUGAUUGAUUUCUAAUGAGACGACUUGGUUUGGAAAACAAAACGCAGGUUGUCUUGUAAAAGACGAUAUUGUGAAAGAAUUAUUUUUCUCCUGAGGGGAAAAGAAGGAAAGUUGUUUGAGAAAGUUCCAUCCAGGGCUCAGUAGAGAUCAUUGUGUUAACUGUGUUUACGGCUUCUCAUUGUGUGAGGAGCCGACGUCCAGCAAAGUGAGAAAUGCUUCCGUUCACAUGUUUUUAGCAUUACCAGCAUUUACCAGGUUGUCUCAGACAACACCUUGUGUGCCAUAGUUCAUUGUCCUCGACACACGGUCGGCUUCCCCUCAUCCAUAGGAAGACAUGUGUUCAAAGGAAAAUCUCAUCUUGAGGUUAAACAGAUUGUGAAUUUCAGAUCCUCGUACUGUCCGGUUGAAACAGGAUUUAGAUUAUAAAUCUCCCUUGAUGCCAAUAAGUCACCAAAGAGAAGGUGUUUAAACCAUAUUGCACAGCAGAGCUACUUUCCAUAUCAACUUAGAAUCAUUUUCAUUAUAGAAAAGGUUUCUCAUGGUAAUGUUUUUGACCUUAUCGUCUAAAGCUCUUUUCUACUUGUAUUGCACCAAUUUGUCAUCCCGAAUUAUUACACAGUCAUUCGCUAGCUGUGAAUGUUCAGGACAUUCUCCAGCUGCGUUGUCACCUGGGUUCACUCAGACACUCUCCUGACAUUUCAUCAGGGGGCUGGUAAGUUCCGCUGAAUGUCUGGAGCAACCGACUCGGUCGAUCUCACCUACAGCCCCUCUGGAGAAUACCAGGAAAGUGUCAAGUGCAUGUCUGAAAACAUGUUAAGUGUGUUGUAACCCUCCCCGCCCUGUAGCCUGUUGUCAUCUGUUGUUAUUAACUUAACGAACCUGCUGAGGCGUUGACUCUAGCUGCUGUCUUCUGACUGUCAUGUCUCUCUCUCUCCUCCUCUUAACAGCAAUGUCACUGCAUGACCGCUGCACCACUGACCUGGCCGAGCGAGCGCCGUGUGGCCGAGCUGUAGGCCGAGGCUCUCGAUGCAUGAACCCCCCCCGCCCGCCUGCCGUUUGCAUGACUCUGCAUUGACUCCAGCCUGCAAAUAACCAGCACCCCAGCAUGAGCACUAACAACCCCCCCCCCCCCCCACUCUGCAGUGUCAUGCGUUGUAACCUUCAACACGAGUCGGAGGAGGGAUGUGGUCGGAAAAAAACGAAAACCCUCACCCUCCUUCCCCGGUUCAACGUUUUCCCCCCUUCCGGCAAAUGCUCCCUCGCUCCUCUUGUUCCCCUGCUCUCUGUUAUCCUCUCCAUCUCCCCCUCCCUACUUACUCUUCAUGAAACGUGUCUGCUUGCACUUCAACACCACAUCAAGUCUGUUACUAUCCAACCAACAGUAUGUUACAACCGCCGAGUACAGGGUGCGGAGGACAGUCUGAGAAUGACCCAUUUGCUUCGAUAGACCUUCUCUGUGGUGCCUGUCUGAGACUCGAGCUGCUUCGGGAAACCUCAGUGACAUUUCUCCACAUAUGUCUGUUUUUGAUUUACAUGGUCGGGGGACUGUUGGCUCCUGUGAGAAGCAGUCGGGAGGUGUAGCCUGCAGAUGAGUCUGCAAAAACAAAACGAAAAAGAGAAACCAGCUUUCCCCCUUUUCGAGUGUGGAUCUCCUGCAGUGGUUCUGCCUGGUUCUCCUCAUCACGCUGCCAGAUCUUAAAAGUGCUUUUACCACAAGUAUUACGGGAGUACAACCAGUUGUGGACUAAAGGAGAGCUCACGGGGCAUUAAGUGGUUUGCCCUCGAGGCCUUUGGACAGUAUGCAGUAGGAGCAUAGGAUGGAAAAAUGAGUUUUUAAAUGAAUAACAUUGUUACAGAUCUGCUUGUGUACAUGGAAAAGCCCCCAUUAAGCCCACUUGGAAUCUUUUUUAGCUGUUAUUUAAAGUCAGUGUAACAUCUGUUACUCCAUCAAAUGCAGGUUUUUAAAACACAUUGAUGCAUCGCUGCUGACUGCUGGGUUGUUACUCGUCUCGUAGGAUGUAAGUGCAUUUUAUCUCACUUUUAAUGCGCUUUACAUUGAAAACUAAAUUCUAAUAUAAAGGACACGCAACUGUACGUUAGCUCACACAGGCUAAUGUGGAGGGCGUUCAUUGAGUUGGAUUGAAAGGGCUUAGACGGUUAGAAGGCGUCCCAGAGGGAAAACAAUAGCGUCAGUUUCAAAAUCAAAUUUUUGGCAUUAAUUCUCAACGGAGGAUAAUCACUGUUUGAACAUGCAGUGGUGACCACAAAGCAAGAAUACUCGACUUUUCACACAAAUAUUAACAUCACUAACACUGACAUUUAAUUUGGUGUAGCUGUAAAUCAUACUGUACAUUUUGUGUAGCUUUUAACAAAAAAAAAAAACAACAGUCUUAUUUAAAUUUUAUAUUCAGAGCGUGUGUUGAUAAAAGGGUUGGAAAGACUCAAACCCCUGGACCUGAGGAUAUGUGCAUAUUACAGGUAUAAGUGCAUAUAUAUCGAACGCUCCGAUUUAGUGCCUUUUUUGUAAAAUAAGAAAUGAAAAAAGACUUUGUGGUCUUCUUAGGACAACAGGCUUGUUGCCUUUUUUAAAGACCAGUGUUAUUGUGUUGUUUUGAAAAGAGUAAAAAAAAACAAAUUCUUGAUCGGCCUAAAUCUCACCCGCAUGAUUAACUUCUUUUAUUGUUUAAGUAGGUUUUAAGUAGGUUUAAUGAGGGCUUUCUCUGUUUAUAACCUAUUUUACUGCUAAUUGUCUUAUUCUGUAACCUGAUUAAUUCAUUCUGUGCAUUUUUAUCUCAAUUGCUUAUUUAUUCUUUUUGCUGCGUGAACAGCAAAGGUUGUUCAAUUUGUUUUCUGUUAGUAUUAUUAAUAUCUCUCUGCUCAUACUGUUACAAUGGAUUUCCAAACGACAUCAAAACACUAUUAAAUACUUGUCUUAUGCAACAGAGGGAGGAGAAGACUUGUACUAGUUCAGUGUUUAGUCUCCUAGUAUUUAAAAUUACACGAAGGUGUCGUCUCUGAUCGGCCGGGGGAAAAAAACUGGUGAUUUUCACCUCCGGUCGUUUCUGGGAGAGAAGUUUCCUAGAAAAUACGGUGCUCUCGAAGAAACUUGUUUGAAAAUGAAUGUUUCCUCAUCAACCGAACAAGCACAUUCAACAUGUUUCAUCCACUGAAGUGUUAGUGAACUUACUGUGACCCUGUAAACAAUUACCAGUGUUUUCAGUGGCGGCAACAACAACAACAACAAAGACCCGGGGUCUUGUUUGUGGGGAGAAGUGUUUCUUAAAAUGUUACGGAUGUAUGCGUUACUGCGUUAAAUCAAAGAAUCGUGAUUAAAACAGAUCAGAUUUCAUAUCAAAUAAAUGACUAUCCCACAUAAGUUUCCAGUAUAAGUUGAUAUGCAAAAAUGAACUGUUUUUCUUGCGAUGUUCAUUCUUCCCUGAUUGUGUCUGUGUUUUGUAAACCACGCUGCAGUUUGAGCUGUAAUAUUAUGUCAUAUUACAUCCUGACCGUCCAUCCCCAUUGGUUUGUUAUGAAAUCUGUAUAUAAUGGAACACAUGUACUGUUUGGUCAUAUCAGGGAUGGUGGGGAAACAUUUUGCUUUGUUAUUUAAUAUCUCACACAACGUGUUAUCCCGUUAUUUCCCUUUAAAUCAGUCACUGUCUGUGUUGCUUUUGUGUCUUGUGUGUAUUUUUAAUGAUAUUACCCUGAUGCAAAUAAUGAGAUAGUGGGAAGACAAGAAAGUUACUGUCCUACAACCAGAGAAAUGUUUAAAAAAAGUUAUUUGAGACCUUAUUAAUGCCACAUUUCUCCUCACAGAAUGUGAUUUUAAGCUAUAACUUAAAAAUCCAUCUUCAUUAGUCACAUGUCGGAACAGAACGAGGAUCUCAGUUUUCCAAAACCUGUAAUGUUUAAACUCAUAAAAAAACGAGUAACCAGUAUUUUCCAGUGUUAUUUGACUGCUAACUGAAUUGUGGGCCAGUCAAAGAGUCUGAAACAGAAACAACACGAGGCUGUUCCCAGGUCAGUCUCAUCCAGACGUUUGCAGUGUUUGUUUCUUUUUUUCUUUUUCUCACGUUUUCUUUACCGACGUAGCAAAUAACCUUCCAUUUGCCAAGUUUUUAUAUUGCUCUUAUACAAACACACGUGUACAUACUUUAUGUGACAGUGGUAGAGGAAGUGUCGGGCUGAAAAGAACUGGUGUCUUGGUUGAUGGAUUUCAUUCAGCAUCUGUCCCACGAGGACCAAUCGAUGUGCUUCCCUACGCUGCCAAAACUUGGAAAUGACAUUGUAAAUAAAGCUUGUAUAAAACAG